AUGUUUCCCGUGAAGCGCUGGGAUGGCCUUCAGGAGGCGCUUCCCUCGUCAUACCUCCACACCUCCACUCCGCCGCUCAAAUCUCCUCCCCUUCUUCCGCGCACUCCCGUUUCCGCCCCGUCCUUUUCCGCACAUAUCGAAUCCGAGUCGCCUUUUGGCGGCGAGAAGGCAGAACGAUUGGCGGAGGGCAAGCAUAAGAACACAGCAGGGGGGAAAAGUAGCUUUUUAGGACGCGGAGGGACGAGCGUGGGUGAAGGACACGAAAAGAAGAGGAAACGGCGGCGGGGGGAUGUGGCGGUUGCGAGCUUUGCUGCGGUACAGAGCGGUGGCGAGGGGAACGGAGAAGCAGGGGGCGGAGGAGGGUUUGAGCGAGGUUCGGGGUUUGGGGGUGUAGCGCCUGCGGAGCAGGAAGACUCGGAACAGGAAAAAGAGGCGGCGCUUCAGGCACCUUCUAAACCGCAAGCAGCAGCAAAAAGGGGAGGGGGAGGCGGAGGGGCAGGGGGAGGGGGGGCCGCGGUGCUGCCGUGGAUGCGGGCGCCGGUGAAGUGCUCCACAGCUGAUGCCGUUCCUCUAGCCUCGGUGCCGAACCUAGACAAACGCCUGCUGCGCGCCCUCGCCCCGGCUGGCAUUUCUUACCUCUUUCCCGUGCAAGCCACGGUGUGGCUGGUGCAGGCGCUGGCAGGGCGCGUGGUGCGACGAGUGCGGGCUGUGGUAGUGCUGCCCACGAGGGACCUGGCUGCUCAGGUGAAGCACGUGUUUGACACCAUAGCGCCAGCUGUCGGCCUCUCAGUGGCUCUCAUCAACGGCCAAUCAUCGCUCGCUGACGAGGCGACCCACCUCGUGCCGCACCCCGCCCCCCAUUCCGGCCCCUUGGGCCUCCUCGGUCGUUCAAGCUACAGCCAAUCAGCGGCUACAGCAUUGGGGGUGGCGGCGUGCCGCAGCGGGGCGGAUAUCGUGGUGGCAACACCGGCCCCUUGCGGCCUCCUCGGUCGUUCAAGCUACAGCCAGGGAAGCGGCUACAGCAUUGGGGAGGUGGACGAGGCGGAUCGGCUGCUGCGCCAGUCCUACCACGACUGGCUUCCGCUCAUCCUCGCCGCUGCCCCCCAUGCUCUCUCUGUGUUCCUCUGCCCCCUCUGCCCCCAUGCCCACCCCCUAAACCCCAUCCCUCCCUGCGCCCCACUGCUCGCCCUGCCUGCGCCCCUCUGCCCCCAUCAGGUGGUGGACGAGGCAGACCGACUGCUGCGCCAGUCCUACCACGACUGGCUUCCUCUAACCCUCGCCGCUGCUGCUGCCGCCCCUUCCGCUGGCACUGCUGCCACGUCAGCAAUCGCCGGCACGCAUGCUGACGUGGCAGUGAGCACGGCGGGUGUGGUUGGCGGCGUGCAUGCACAUGGCUGUGGCGGCAUGGAUGGUGUUCUCCCCACGCCAUUCAUCCACGGCCUGCGAUCGCUUGCCACCUGCGUCCCCUCGCUGCUCUCUGUACCCGAUAUUGAGCGCCAUCGAGUUAUCAAGCUAGUGUGCUCUGCCACACUCACCCGCGAUCCCUCCAAGAUCCAGCGGCUCAGAUUGCACCGCCCGCUCUUCAUCUCCUCUGCCGCCCACCUGCUCGCCUCCGCCAUGCUCCGCCACGUGGCAGCCGGGGAUACGCGCCACGCGGGCGCCACUGCUGAUGUGAAUGCUGACGUGGCAGGUGGUGUUGUGGUAUGGUGCCAGUAUGGUGCCAGUAUGGUGCCAGUAUGGUGCCAGUAUGGUGCCAGUAUGGUGCCAGUAUGGUGCCAGUAUGGUGCCAGUAUGGUGCCAGUAUGGUGCCAGUAUGGUGCCAGUAUGGUGCCAGUAUGGUGCCAGUAUGGUGCCAGUAUGGUGCCAGUAUGGUGCCAGUAUGGUGCCAGUAUGGUGCCAGUAUGGUGCCAGUAUGGUGCCAGUAUGGUGCCAGUAUGGUGCCAGUAUGGUGCCAGUAUGGUGCCAGUAUGGUGCCAGUAUGGUGCCAGUAUGGUGCCAGUAUGGUGCCAGUAUGGUGCCAGUAUGGUGCCAGUAUGGUGCCAGUAUGGUGCCAGUAUGGUGCCAGUAUGGUGCCAGUAUGGUGCCAGUAUGGUGCCAGUAUGGUGCCAGUAUGGUGCCAGUAUGGUGCCAGUAUGGUGCCAGUAUGGUGCCAGUAUGGUGCCAGUAUGGUGCCAGUAUGGUGCCAGUAUGGUGCCAGUAUGGUGCCAGUAUGGUGCCAGUAUGGUGCCAGUAUGGUGCCAGUAUGGUGCCAGUAUGGUGCCAGUAUGGUGCCAGUAUGGUGCCAGUAUGGUGCCAGUAUGGUGCCAGUAUGGUGCCAGUAUGGUGCCAGUAUGGUGCCAGUAUGGUGCCAGUAUGGUGCCAGUAUGGUGCCAGUAUGGUGCCAGUAUGGUGCCAGUAUGGUGCCAGUAUGGUGCCAGUAUGGUGCCAGUAUGGUGCCAGUAUGGUGCCAGUAUGGUGCCAGUAUGGUGCCAGUAUGGUGCCAGUAUGGUGCCAGUAUGGUGCCAGUAUGGUGCCAGUAUGGUGCCAGUAUGGUGCCAGUAUGGUGCCAGUAUGGUGCCAGUAUGGUGCCAGUAUGGUGCCAGUAUGGUGCCAGUAUGGUGCCAGUAUGGUGCCAGUAUGGUGCCAGUAUGGUGCCAGUAUGGUGCCAGUAUGGUGCCAGUAUGGUGCCAGUAUGGUGCCAGUAUGGUGCCAGUAUGGUGCCAGUAUGGUGCCAGUAUGGUGCCAGUAUGGUGCCAGUAUGGUGCCAGUAUGGUGCCAGUAUGGUGCCAGUAUGGUGCCAGUAUGGUGCCAGUAUGGUGCCAGUAUGGUGCCAGUAUGGUGCCAGUAUGGUGCCAGUAUGGUGCCAGUAUGGUGCCAGUAUGGUGCCAGUAUGGUGCCAGUAUGGUGCCAGUAUGGUGCCAGUAUGGUGCCAGUAUGGUGCCAGUAUGGUGCCAGUAUGGUGCCAGUAUGGUGCCAGUAUGGUGCCAGUAUGGUGCCAGUAUGGUGCCAGUAUGGUGCCAGUAUGGUGCCAGUAUGGUGCCAGUAUGGUGCCAGUAUGGUGCCAGUAUGGUGCCAGUAUGGUGCCAGUAUGGUGCCAGUAUGGUGCCAGUAUGGUGCCAGUAUGGUGCCAGUAUGGUGCCAGUAUGGUGCCAGUAUGGUGCCAGUAUGGUGCCAGUAUGGUGCCAGUAUGGUGCCAGUAUGGUGCCAGUAUGGUGCCAGUAUGGUGCCAGUAUGGUGCCAGUAUGGUGCCAGUAUGGUGCCAGUAUGGUGCCAGUAUGGUGCCAGUAUGGUGCCAGUAUGGUGCCAGUAUGGUGCCAGUAUGGUGCCAGUAUGGUGCCAGUAUGGUGCCAGUAUGGUGCCAGUAUGGUGCCAGUAUGGUGCCAGUAUGGUGCCAGUAUGGUGCCAGUAUGGUGCCAGUAUGGUGCCAGUAUGGUGCCAGUAUGGUGCCAGUAUGGUGCCAGUAUGGUGCCAGUAUGGUGCCAGUAUGGUGCCAGUAUGGUGCCAGUAUGGUGCCAGUAUGGUGCCAGUAUGGUGCCAGUAUGGUGCCAGUAUGGUGCCAGUAUGGUGCCAGUAUGGUGCCAGUAUGGUGCCAGUAUGGUGCCAGUAUGGUGCCAGUAUGGUGCCAGUAUGGUGCCAGUAUGGUGCCAGUAUGGUGCCAGUAUGGUGCCAGUAUGGUGCCAGUAUGGUGGGAUGGGUGUGAUGGGGGUGAAUGGAGUGUGCAAGGCUGUCAGGGUUGUGGUGGCAGCCCACCGCCUCUUCUUGCUGCUCUCCGCCUUCCCCCCCGCCUCCCUGCCCUUCGCCUUUGCUGAGUUCUCCUCCCGCCAGCCGCAGCGCCAACGCAGUGCCAUUCUGGACCGGUUUCGGAGGGGCGAGGUGCAGGUACUGGUGGCCAGUGACGCGAUGACACGUGGCAUGGACGUGGAGGGCGUGUUCAACGUUGUCAGCUACGACGCGCCUGUGUACCCCAAGACUUUUGUUCACCGGGCAGGCCGAACUGCCCGGGCGGGCAGGCCGGGGCAUUGCUACACGAUUCUGAGGAAGCAGGAGAACUCGUUCCACCCAUGCAAUCCAAUCCACCAUUCCCCCCAUCCCCCCACCCUGCCAUCAGUGCGGCACUUCAAGGCAGUGCUGGCCAAAGUGGGAUGUGCAGACUGCCCACAGAGCAAGGCGCCCUCCCACCUAAUGGAGGGGCUUAGAGAGCAUUACGAUGCUGUGCUUGUGUGUGGAGUUGUAAUGCUGGUGAUUGCAUUUACUGCUACCCAGGUUCUGUUUGCUAGUGUGCAUGAGGAAUUGCACAUUUCUCAUCUCACUCCUCUCACAUCUCCCUCACUCACACCUCUCCCUUCCUCACAACUCUGUCCUGUCUCACGUCUCUACCUCUCAUCUCAUGCCUUCCCAGCAUUGGAGCGCCUCAAGGCAGUGGUGGGAGAGGAGGAGCGCACAGGCAAGUGA